AUGGCAUCGAGACCUGUGAUCCCGCCUAGGAGUUCAAGCAAACGCCUCCGCGACGAGCUGGACGACUUGAAUCACGAAAUUGCGCGUAAGAGACGCCAAUUAAAGCCCAAAGGCAGCUUUGAUUCCGAAUAUUGGGAGACGGCUUUGGACAUCGUCCGAAGUGAAACCGCCCGCAACAACGUUCGAAGGCAGAUCUCUACUGAAAAGUUCAAGACAGAAGGUGGCAGCGAGGAAGCCUGGGCUACUAUGGAAGACGCCAAGCAGCUGCACGCCGAGCUUGAGGCUCUGAAACUUAAAGAACGGAAGUUCCGGGACCAAUUGCGACGUGUUAAAUCUGGUAGCGGUGAACCCGACUCUGAAGCAAAUACGGUCACUCUACGUCGAUCUUACUUGGAGUUGUUCAUCUCAAGCAGUCGAGGGCUUGGUAUCGCUUCGUACGGCGGUGGGAGGGAAAAUAAAGCGCAAAGCAGUUUCCGAGCUAGCUUGAUUGAAGCAUACAACGCCCAAAAAUCGGAAAUUGAAUAUGAAGACUUGCUGUGGUGCCCUAUUCUCUCGCGGUGGCUUGCCAAAGAGGAUGUUACUGCAAGUCACAUAUUCUCGUACAGGCAUGGCCAGCAGACGAUGACUGCGAUAUUCGGGGAGACCCAAGAGCCAGAGCUUUUUAGUCCCAAAAAUGGGCUUCUCAUUUCAAAUCACGUCGAGGCAAAAUUUGAGAGCGGGCCUAUGCUUCGCCGCGCCUUCACCGAACGUUGGCAGGGCCAAAUCCUUCGCGAAUCCGAACUCGAAAAACCUGCUUGGUCAUCCCCAGGAAAAUACUUGAAAAGGAAUAUGCUUUUGGCAUUUGUGGAUGAGAUAGGACACAAAUAUGAUCACUUGCUUGAUGGUUGCACUGAAACUGGCAACAAUUUGGAGGCCAAGGAGGAGGAUGACCUUCUUCUUCUAACUGCAGCCCGGCAAAUUGGCCUCGCACAAGAGGAAGAAGAGGACAGUGAUGAUGAGAAUCUUGAUGAUGAUGAUUUCAUUUGA